CUGCAGUGCUGUGUUGUGUGCUCGUAACAUAUAGUCAAGAAACUCCAAACCAUGCAGACCUCAACGAUUGUAGUACUCGCCUGCCUAUUGGCUGUAGUAGUUGCACAGGCGCACCAGGAACCACAGCCGGUGAACACAGUACAUGACCCAGACUUCGACACACCGGCACAUGAAAGCAGUCCCAGAAAUAAGAGAGGACUCCUAUUACUGAAGAAGAAGUUGAUACUUGGUGCUUUGGGUCUUAAGGCAGCGAAGGUUGGAGUCGGUGCCGGCGUUGUUGGUGCUCUGGCCCUGAAGGCUAAGUCCAAACCAAAGUCAGUGGGAACCACCUAUUACCACCAUGGGGAUCAUUCCGGGAACAUACCGCUUAUCAUCAAGUACUGAGUCCCGAGCUUCCACUUGCUCUAGUCUGUACAUUGAGUAACGGAGAAGUUUGACUUGGUGAUUGCUUUCACUGGGGAUUUUCUUAUAAUGCAUCGAGUGUCUACGUUAUAAGAGAAACCAGUAGGGUGUGUAUAAUAUUAAAUGCUAAGAUUUCAUUGUAAUCUGUGAGAGGCUUUUAUGUGAUGGGUAUUUAGAAUAAUUACAAACACAUUUAUUGGACGUGACUGUUGAUGAUCGAUUAUUGAAUACGUAUGCUAAUAAAUUGUCCUUUUUAAGGCACCACUUGGUACUAGUCUAAUUCAGGUUGUAAUGGUCUUAAUAUAGUGUAAUCUUAAGACCACUAUACUGAUAUUUUGCUAAUUAAAUUACUCAUUUUGAUAUAUUAAACAUGAACAAAAGAUCUAGUAAUUGAUUUAAUAGUUGUCAGAAUUUUGGCUAUAAUUCAAAUUACGUUUCAAGUAAUCAUUGCAUUCAUAAUAAGUGAUUUAUUAACCUAUUUUGUAAGAAGCAAGCGUGUGCAGAAUACCAGGUUAAUUACGAUUCAAUAAUCGUUAUAUCAUCAUCGUCACGUAUACUUGCAAUAUAUGUAAAUAGCCUGUUACAUAAACCUAAGAUUUUAAUAUAAGCUACUGUUUGAAACAAUGCCAUAGUAGAUAAUUUUGUAGACUGUAUGUUUUCAUUUCAUUAAAUCACUUUAAAAAAUGUAACUGUCAAAUUGAAGUAGUGUCAAAGAACUGUCAGAUUUGACAGUUGCGUUUUCUUGUUAUUUUUUACCCAUUCGCUAUUGACAUUUUAUCCAUUCAUUUAUGAGGAGAAAACACCAGUAUUGACCAUAGUGUGCUAAAAUGAUUAUUUCUAAAUGUAUGUACUUGUAUUAUCCGGAACAUGGUAAACCUGUGUCACAGGCAGUUUGUGUUAUAAUAUUUAUAACACAAAGUGCCCAGCGAUUGUUGUUUUCUACCAAUUUGUUGCAAUAAAACGAUUUAAUGAUCCUAAA